UACUGUGGAAGGAAACAAAGUUGUGCACAGCAGCGACGGCUCUCACCAAUCAUCGCCUACGUUUUGGGCAGGAAGGCCAAGGCCAAAAGCAUACGGAGUGAUAUUUCAAGACGCAAAUGGACUGUUACACAAAGCUGAGCUGGCGAAAAACGCAAUGAACGAGGUGAUUUUGUCGGCGGGUGCCAUUGGGAGCCCGCAGCUGCUGAUGCUUAGCGGCGUGGGUCCUAUGGCUCAUCUUGUGGCUCACGGGAUUAAACCGGUGGUCUUAGACCAUCCAAUGGUCGGGCAAGGGAUGGGAGAUAAUCCGAUGAAUGCCAUCUUUAUUCCUUCUCCUACUCCCGUAGAAGUUUCUCUAAUACAAGUCGUUGGGAUCACAAAGUUUGAUAGCUACAUCGAAGGAGCUAGUGGUGUAAUCCUCUCUUAUAGUUGGACUCGUAAUUUUUUCGAUGGCGUUUUGAAUUAUUUCAACGAGAUGCAGACAAGCCGUACUACCACUUCCACAUCACUCUCGACUCAGUCCAUCACCGACUUUUUCAAAUCCAUAAAUCCAUUAUUAAAUGCAACCAUAAAAGCUGGUUUAAUCCUCCAGAAAGUGGCGGGACCAGUCUCUAGAGGUCACUUGGAGCUAAGGAACAUAAACCCAAAUGAUAAUCCUUCAGUGAGAUUUAAUUACUAUCAGGAGCCAGAGGAUCUAGAGAAAUGUGUUGAAGGGAUUGCAACUAUCAUUAAAGUGAUUAACUCGAAGGCAUUUUCCAAA